CCUGAUCUGAUCCCAAACAAUUGGAAAUCUUGACCAGCGACCAUUUGUGGCUGCCUUUGGUACUGUGGUGUUCCUCUCAUGUUGUGGAUAUCUCAUCUUUCUCUCCAUGAAUCCUCAAAAGCAUCGUCAAUACAACAGCCUCAACGAAGACGGAUCGAUCCAAGCUAAGAUCAAGCCAUCCCGUUGGGACUGAGAUGCUUCCAAACACCUGCUAAGCCCCCUCCGUAGUCCAAGAUAAUUGCCAUAUACCAUGUCCACCAUAGCCUCGACGUCCGCUGAGGGCAAAACUUCCUCCUUACCCGAAGGUGAAUCAACUUUGGAUUUCAUUAGAUUGUGCUUGAAUCGUUUGGGCCAGCCUGAAGCUGAUCUAGCUAUGUUCGUGUCAGAGGAGUGUCCUGGAGAACUGUCCGAUGCCUCCGGAACUGAACCCACGGAGUGGUUAGCUCUGCUUUUAGUGCGCAGCUAUCCCAUUUGCAACACCACACCCGAGCUGACCCGUCAGUAUAAUGCACUAUGCGAAUGGUUUAUCAGGGAUUGCGAAGAUCUUAAGUUCCUUGUGAUUAUCGUCUUGUCGUGGGAUUACGAAAUCAACGAGAAAUUGCAUGCCCCUGCUAUUCUUAUUUUGCUCAAACAUGCAUUUCUCAAGGCUCAGAAUUCUAAGUUGUGGGAAUUCAUCGUAGACUCGUUGCUGGACAUCCUAGAAUCCAAAAGCGUGAAAUUCUCGCUGGCGGAAAUGCUGGAUCGCUUUUUUUACCCGUUGUCAAAAAGCCAUGAGGUUUCUGAUCGAGUUCAAAAGAUUGUGUUAUCCCGAGGUGUUUAUUUUUGCGCCAAAAUGUUGCUGAGAAACCCUGACUCUGUUAAAGAUCAAGGCAUUCUGGUAGAGACGUUGGUCUGUCUCAAUCCUAAUGGCGUAAAUAUAUUGGAUUGGACCGAAGAAACGGACGAAGACCCAAGAAAUUAUCAGUACUUGGGUCGACUUCUCUCUUUCCACGAGAUUUGCAAUAAAGUUGGAUCUUUUCCUCAAGUUUAUAGUCCGCUUUUUAUGCUGAAAGUUCACCUUACAGCCUUCCGUCCUUUUAACACUAGUACGACUGAAAUGAAUUCAAUGGAGAUUGUAUCUGUGCUGAUUAGCCUCCUGGAUUGUUGUUGCUCAAGAAUUCAACGCGAGAGCUUGGAAACAGAUUGGGCCACUUUUUCGGACAUGGACUCGCUAUUCAAAUGGCUGACCAAUAAGAUGAACAGCGACCAAGGAAUACCCGAAUUACAAGCACGAACUCUAUUUAGCCUCCAAGCCAAAUUGUACUCCAAGUUCAAGCCUUCAGCCAAAGUGUUUCUCCUUAUGCGAAUACACCGAAGUGCCGGACCUAAUGGCGCUAGUGUUAGAAGUUGGGUGGUUUCAAAUCUGAAGGACUUGUUCAUCAGGGAUUUUGAGAUACUUGAUAAACAUCAGAUAACAGGUUUUCUCAGUGAUAUCCUCGACAUCCGAGACACCCUUGAAAACCUGGAUUGUGCCCCUGAGUGGGUGGCUAUCCUCAACUGUUCCUACUGUUUAAAGGCCUGGGACUCAGACGGAUCGCAUGGCGUGAAAUCCAUAAUCGAGGACAAAAUGCCAAACGUGGUGAAGCGAGCUCAAACCAUGAUAAAUGAAACGCGAGAGCUACUUCGAAAUCAAUCAGGAGAUCAGCUCGCAGAUCCAAGCAUGAUUGCUCGUUUUGAGUUUAGUCUUCAGGUCAUUGAAAUUGCUCUUUCUAGAUGGUAACCGAAAUAAAAAAUCAUUCAACCAGAA